AUGGCCGCCCCCGCUGAUAUCACCAUCAAGAAUCUCAAUGGCGAGUGGGUUAUGGACUCAACGCUGUCCAACCCGACAGACUCCAUCCUGGCUCUGGUAUGGACUUUCCUUUCCCUUUCCCAAAGUCGAGGCUACAUAGGAUGCUUCUCAGAGAGACUACACUGUGAAAAGAGGGAAUCCAAUACCGAAGAACCCAGCACUAACAAUUCCCCAAAGCAAGGCAUGAGCUGGUUCCUACGCAAAGCCCUCCCCUACGCCACGGUGACACUGCAUGUGCACCAGUACACCGAUACAGAGAGCCCGCUUGUGUACCACAUCGACAUCGACCAGGUCAUCACCGGCGGCAUCACCGGCAGCAAGGAAGCACGCAAGCUGGACUGGGAGGAGCGCGAGCACGUCGACAACAUCUUCGGCAAGCUGCAGGGCCGCUCGCGGAUGUUCCGCGGCGCCAAAGCCGACGACGGCAAGGUGCGCCCGUCCGUCGACGUCCACACCAAGGUCGGCGAGUCAGAGGCCGAUGCCAAGGUGCAGAAGUUCUUGCGCGGCGAGGUCUUGGUGGAUGGUUCGGCCAGCGAUGGGUUCAUUGUUGAUGACGAGGGCGCUGAGUUUGGUGACGGUGAUGGCUUAUGGAUGCAGAGCUUUGUACGCAAUGAGGAGUCUGGGUGGACUGCUGAGCAGAUCUGGGGCUUCGAGCUGGUUGAGGGUGAGCGCCGAUACACUCGCCGUGUGGCUGUCACGAAAGAUGGUCAGGUUGAGCUGGCUCGCCUGGUUUACACCUUCCAGCAGCGGAGGACCUAG